UUCUCACUCCUCCACCCUCCAGUCACUCAUAUUUAUCCCCCCCGAGGUGGUCGUUAGUUCGGCGUUUCACGGAACUUGGACUUAUUUCUUCCCGUGCUCGGAUCCGGACGAGCAAACGCAGAUGUUUAUCUUCCUGCUCCUUGUCGCGGCUCUGAUGCUGAGCGCACAGCCCGCAGUGUCCGGUGCCAGCACCAACAAACGGCUGAGCGCCGUGGCCCAGUACGCCAAGGACAGAUCCUGGAACAGAUACAGAGAUGAUGACUACUUCAAAAGCUGGGCUCCCUCCAGGUCUCUAGACCAAGGUCCUGACACCACCAAGGACCCCUGUCUGAAAGUGCGCUGCCCGCCCCACAAAGUGUGCGUCAGCCAUGACUACCAAACAGCAAUCUGCACCAAUCACAAGAAGCCAACACACAGUGUGAAAGCCCGGAAAGGCAGCGUGGCCCACAAGCACAGACUUGAAGCCGGCACACACGGGAACUGCAAACCGUGCUCGGCACUGCGUUCCAGUCCAGUGUGCGGAUCAGAUGGACACACCUAUUCCUCUAAGUGUAAGCUGGAGUUCCAGAGUUGCCUCUCCGGGAAGAUGAUCUCCGUGAAAUGUGACGGAGCGUGUCCAUGUUUGCCCGGACAAGUGUUUAGCAAGCCGCCACGCAGAAGCGACAAGACCGUGUGCACUGAUGCAGAGCUCCACAGUCUGGCUGCCAGACUCAAGGACUGGUUUGGAGUUCUUCACCUCGACGCCAACAGAGACCUCAAAUCCUCUGACAGCUCGGACUCAGCUAUUGGACACUUUGACACGAGCAUCCUGCCCAUCUGCAAAGACUCUCUGGGCUGGAUGUUCAACAAACUGGACAUGAACUUUGACCUCCUGCUGGACGAGUCGGAGCUGAGCGCCAUCUACAUGGACAAGUACGAGCUGUGCAUGAAGCCCCUCUUCAACUCCUGCGACUCCUUCAAGGACGGCAAGCUGUCGAACAACGAGUGGUGCUACUGCUUCCAGAAGCCUGAGGGAUUGCCUUGCCAAGCGGAGAAGAGCAGGAUCCAGAAUCCAAGUCGGAGGAAGAGCAUCAUAGGUUCCUACACCCCUCGUUGUACCGAGGAGGGCUACUUCAAACCCACCCAGUGUCACGGCAGCACCGGACAGUGUUGGUGCGUGGACAAGUACGGCAACGAGAUCGCCGGCUCCAGAAAGCAAGGCAACCCGAACUGCUUCGAGGAUCAGGAGACGUCGGGGGAUUUCGGCAGCGGCGGCGCCGUCAUCCUCCUGGGCGACCAGGAGGAGGAGGAGGAGGCCUCGCAGGGUCGGCAGAAGAAAAGACGGGGUCGGAUCCACCCCCGGGAAACCACCGAAGACGACGACGACGAGGAAGACGACAAGGAUGACGAGAUGGGCUACGUUUGGUAGCUCCGCCCCUCACUCCCUCCACCCGCCCCCUCCGCCCCCAACCUUAGUUCUAACACUGUCAUCAGCCGACCAGGAAAACAUCUAGCACGGAUUUUGAAGCCAUUCCAGCCUCUCUUUCACCGGCCUGUGAUCUCUCUCAUCGCUACUUGGUUUUUUUCUACAUUUUUCACUCAAAGAGGAAACCGUAUGAUGUGAUGUUAUUCUUUUAGCCUCAAGAACAAGCAUUCUGCCAUCUUUAACCUUCCUAACCCUGUCUGUUUGCCCAAAUCCAUGAGCCACCGCAUCGGAUGUAAAUAUGGACCGCUGUAGACCACGGCAUCCUUCUUUCAUCCCGUCCGGACGCCGCCUCCCAGUCUUGGUCCACUCUGAAGUUCUCUCGCUCUCUCUCUCUCUCUCUCACUCUCUGUUGCUUCAUGGAAGAUUGUAAAUUAUUUAACUGUUGAUUGUCCCCGAACGAGCAGGUAGCAAUGAGAUUUAAUGAUGUGUCGUCGUCGUUGUUGCAUGUUUCUCACCGUGUUCCUGUAAAAGAGAGAAUUACCUGGCUCGGGUCAAGCUCUAUGCAUCUCUAACAGAACGUGACGCCCAAGCGGCUGCUACAAGAUUUUUCGUUUGCUAUGUUGAUGCUGUCUAGUGUCUUUUUUUUUUGUUUUUUUUUUGUUCCUUUGUUUGGUUCUUCUCCCAAUCUCAGGAGGUAGGAAGCUGAAAAAGUGCAAAGUCGAGUUAGUUCUUUGGCUGCCGAGACUGUUUGACUGUGCAUGGACACUAAAGAAGGUGCUGCUCCUGAGCUGGGAGGACUUAUGUGGGAGCAGAGGAGAGGCUCUUGUGUUCUGCCUCCUAGCGCCGUGUCAACCAAGUGAACUUUUCUUUGUGAGUUUGACAAUUUAAGUAAAGUGACACUUUGGGUGUCUUUUGAACCUUG